AUGACGUCACUUCAGAACGGCGGCGGACUCGGGCGUUUCACGGAAAACUUCAAGAUUCAUGACAGUUGCAAAAGAGCCGGUGGAGCCUUCUCCAUCAACUACUUCAUCUCUGAAGAUGACAUGACGGUGCAAGAUGCUACCACAGCCUUGAGGAGAUUCGAUGAUAAAAACACUGCUAGCGGAAAUGUGAUCGAGCGAUAUUUCUGCUCUAACUGCGGAAGCCCGGCAUUCACAAAGACCCCUAAGUUCCCUGGAAAGGUCUUCCUGAAGGCGACGUUAUUCAGUAAGAUCUCGCCAAGCGAGAGCGAAGUGUUUUCGCACAAGCGGCUUCAGCUUUAA